AAAUAUCGUUUAACGAGAAUGUGAAAGUUGACCGAGGUGUACGCUGUGUCUCGACCCCGAGAAUUUCGUUGUUUCAAAAAGCCUGAUAUAUUCGUGCUCGCGUGCUACUGUUCGCUCGGGAUGUCACCUAAUUUGUCUCCUACGAUUAUUCAACUUUACUACCUAAACGAAAAGCAUCGUUGGCCCUUUUCUUGCGUCAAUCCACGAUUCAUUUUACGGUUCCUUCCGCGCGAUCAACGAAUCCGUUGUACAGUUACAGUAUAGUGGUGGUUUUUUUAAAUUUUAAUGAUCGUAAACGCGUGAAGUAAAAAAUCUGCAGAGUAGAAGUCAUGGAUCUCCAGGUGCAAGAGAUGUGUAUUGUGCAUUGUCCCUUGAUCAAGAGGAAAUAUUUAGGACAACAACAAUGGAAAGAACUCUCAACCCCUUUUUCGGAGAGGAAUUCCAAUUUGAAGUACCUAGGAAAUUUCGUUAUCUUGGCAUUUAUGUUUAUGAUCGAGAUAGACAUUUGAAACAAGAUAAAAUAUUGGGUAAAGUUGCAAUAAAGAGAGAAGAUUUAGCAACGUAUCAUAAUAAGGAACAUUGGUUCCCUUUGAGGCCAGUUGAUGCUGACUCUGAAGUUCAAGGCAAAGCACAUCUGGAACUUGCUCUCCAACCUCAAAUCGGACAUGCUCAAUCUAAACUUACAGUGAGAGUAAUAGAAUGUAGUGAAUUAACUGUUAAAAAUGGAGGCUGUGAUCCAUACGCAACUGUUAUGGUCAUCUAUAGUAAUGGUAAACAAAUUAUAAAACGCACAAAAACUAAGAAGAAAACAGUGACCCCGUAUUUUAAUGAAACAUUUGUAUUCGAGCCAGAAAUACCAGAAUCCAAAGAGAAGGAUGUUUCUCAUUACCCUAUUGAAAGUGGAGAAGUAGGUGAAGUAGUUGUAGGUUUAUGGCAUGCAUCUCCUGGUAUGGGAGAACAACCAGCUUUUCUCGGUGAAGUUAGAGUUACAUUGAGAGGCCUACAAAAGCAACCAACUAGUACAACAACUGCAUGGUACUUCUUGCAACCUAGAGCAGCAAAACAUCGCCCAAGUAAAAUUUCCAGCACUUCUACACCGACUGGUGUACUGCCAGGUUUAGGAUCUCUGAGAUUAAAAAUACAUUAUACAGCAGAUCAUGUUUUUCCAUCGGCAAUGUAUGAUAGACUUAGAAACUUGUUAUUACAAAGUGUUAAUAUUCAACCGGUAACAUCAUCUGCUGUUUAUAUUUUGGGAGAAAUUGUGGCGAGUAAAAUGGAAGCUGCACAACCAUUGGUCAGAGUAUUAGUACAUCAUGGACAAUUGGUUUCUGUAAUGCAAGCUUUAGCUAGUCAUGAAAUUUCCAAAUUAACCGAUCCAACAACGAUAUUCCGUGGUAAUACAUUAGUAAGUAAAAUGAUGGAUGAAGGUAUGAGAUUAGCAGGCCUUCAUUAUCUACAUAGUACACUUAGACCAGCCAUGGAACAAGUCUUCCUAGAAAAAAAACCAUGUGAAAUAGAUCCGACUAGAGUAAAGGAUGCAAAUACAAUUCAAACUAAUCUAGCAAAUCUAAAGGAAUAUGUUGAAAGAGUUUUCACUGCUAUUACAACAUCGGGCGUACGAUGUCCGCCUUUAAUGUGUGAAAUGUUUUGGUGCUUAAGAGAACUUGCAACAACGCAUUUUCCAAAAAAUAAGGAAGUGAGAUAUUCAGUGAUCAGCGGCUUCAUUUUUCUUCGAUUUUUUGCUCCCGCGAUAUUGGGUCCAAGAUUAUUUGAUAUUACAACUGAGCAAAUUGAUUCUCAAACCAAUAGGACAUUGACAUUAAUUUCGAAAACGAUUCAAAGUCUAGGAAACCUAGUAAGUUGUAGAGGAGGAGCAGGUAGUGUUUGUAAAGAAGAAUACAUGGAAUAUUAUUUUUGUAGGGAAUUUUAUACGGAAAAACAUAUACAAGCAGUCAAACAAUUUCUGGAACUAAUAUCGACGAGUAGUAACAGUGGAAAUGCAAAACAACGACCAAGUACCCAACUAGAACAACCAGUUGUGCUAAAAGAGGGAAUAUAUUUUCUCUUCAUGCAUACUGCUGACCGUGAUAAAAGAGUAAUGAUUAAAAGAGCACAGGGGAGGAAAAGGUUUGGGCGAAAAAAUUUUAAACAAAGAUAUUUUAGACUCACUACUCAAGACUUGACUUAUUCUAAAACGAAAGUAAAUUAUUUAUUAGGUAAAGAACCUUUAUGUAAAAUACCACUUGAAGAAAUUCUAGCCGUUGAAAGGCUCCAAGAAAAUUCUUUUAAAAUGAAAAAUAUGUUUCAAAUCAUUCAGUCGCAAAGGGCGUUGUACGUCCAAGCUGGAAACUGUGUGGAAGAAAAGGAAUGGAUUGAUAUUUUAACAAAAAUUUGUCGUACAAAUAAUAAUCGUUUAGAAAAGUACCAUCCCAGUGCGUAUAUUAAUGGUCAUUGGCUUUGUUGCAAAGCAGUGGCUGAAGUAGCUCCAGGGUGUAGUGAGGUAUCGCCAGGGACAGAAGCUGGAUUACGCAUGGUUCUAGACCCAGAUCGAGAUUUACAACGAAUACAUUCGCUCAUAUUUACAAAUAUGCCGAGGCUUGAAACAUUAAUGAGUGCAUGUGAAUGUCAAGCUGUUUACGGAGCUAGUGACAUGUGUGUUAUACCAGGUGGUGGAUCUCCUAUAGAAGAUGUGCCCUCUUGUUUUAAAACUUUAACUGCAUUAAGAGAAGCAGCAUAUGCUUUACAGCAUGAACACAGAGCCCAUUUUAGAAGAUUGGCUCGCGAUACCAAAUAUGGAAGCAAGCAAGCUCCGAUUGGUGACGACAAUUACCUCCAUUUAGCUGCGAGAGCUGGAUUCGAGAGUCAGUUAACGAAGUAUGCUUAUGAAAUGGAUAAUUUAAAUCAACAUUACAUAGAAACGGAUCACUGUUAUGAAAGUGGAUUUUCAAGACGAAUAGAGGAUCGACGAUACGAUGAAACAUUUAGAAAAUAUUUAGAUUCUGAUUCGAUACAUCGUAGGUAUGAAAAUGAAAACAAUUUAUUACGGCGAUAUGAAAAUAAUACUGAUACUAUUAAAAGUAUCCAAAAUAAUCUCAAAAAAUUCGACCAUAAUUUACAUAAUACGUUAAGAAUAGAUAAGUUUGAGAAAACUACAAGUUUAGAAAACAAUAGAAGAUUGGACAGUUCUACUGUAUUGACCACAUGAUGAAGUUAAUAUAUGUCUUGUACAUUAUAUAUAAAAAGUCCAACAAUUAUGAUUAUAGUGAGAUAUUAAUUGAAUAUAUAGUGACAAGAUUAAAAGAUUAAUGCAUAAUAGUAUGUUCUUUAAAUGAGCAUGCCAAUUAAUAAUUCAUUUGAAAUCUGAAAAUAAGAAUAAUACGUUCCUAAAAUUCUUUUCAAGAAACUUUCUCAUAUGUUUACAUUACUUGUAUUUUAACAAGGAUGUAAAUUCAAAUUCAUUCGAAUUAUAUUUGAAAUUGUAUUUUUUACAAUUAUGUAUAGUAUAUCUGUGGUAUAUGGAUAUACACGCAUCAUGUCUCAGAUUAUUUAAAAUGUAAAUAACUGUUUAUACAAGCAGUGCUAGGUUUAACGCAAGAAAUGUGGCAAUGAAUUUAUAUUUAUUACAAUGUCAUUAGUUCUUUUAAGUGAAACUAUACUUACAUGUUGUUUCAGUUCCGUUAUACAUUCCAAGACUGUAUAUAACGCAUAUUAUCACAAGCAAUAAUAUUAUUAUAUUAUACAUAUUAGAUGCUACGUCAUAUAACUAUACAAUAAUGUUGCAUAAUAAUUAUCUUAUUAACAUAGCUUGUGAUUAAUUUUAAUGAAAUAAGGGAAUUACUUUUAAGAUUAUACGAAGAAUAAUCAGGAAUAACAUAAACGGUUAAAUUAAUUUUUAAUAUAAAGUUAAAAUGGUGAUUGAAUGUUGAUGUCCAAAUACUAACAAAUAACACACAGGAGGAUAUAGAAAAGGUAUAAAUUCAUUGUCACAUUUUAUCUCCUAAAAUGGCCAUUUAUGCGUGAACAGUCUUUUACAUUUGAAAUACCUACAAAUUUUUUUAUUUAUAAGAUUAAGCAUACUGUUUAAUUGUUUUUGUUUAGUAUACUGUUGACUCUCCUUUUAUAAGGAGUCAUAUUUUCUAUUUAUAUGCACAUGUCUUUAUCAAAUUGACUAGUUUUGGAUUGCAUAAAUUCUAUCUUAUAACAUACAAUUUGUUAAAAAACAUGUUGUGAGCAAUAUUUCAGGAAGUAUAUACAUACAAGUAUGCAUGCUUCUUGAUUUGCAUUAUUAUGCUGCACAUAAUAUAAUAUUUUGUGUCAAUGAAGAUAUCUUCUAUUUAUUUAUUUAUAUCUUAUUUUGAGAUGUUCGAGGUACAUGUGCAUAAAUGUAAUAGUAAACUAAAUUAUUAAUAAUCUGAAUUUGUAAUCUCAUUAAUAAGGAAAUUAAAUUAUGCACAAUGUGCAUAAUGGCACAUAAAUUUUUAAUGUAUAACAUAUUAAUUAAAUUAUCGCUUCAUAAUUUCAUCAAAUUAUAGCAUUUUGUACUUGAUGAUAUGCUGUUAGUGAAUAGUACUAUUCAUAGGUGACUUAUCGCUAGGUCCUUGUAAAUAACAAUCAAAAACAUAAUGUAUAUUAACGAUAGUACUUGAAGGUAGAAAAAUGUAACAUUGGUCGUGAUAAUUUUUACAUUGUCAAAUUAAACACCACAAAUGUGCUAUACCAGUCGUGCAAAUAAAAUUAAAAUUUUAAUAUGUACAUAUAGUGGCAUUAUAAAAACUACUAUAACCACGAUUUUCAAAUUUGUUUUCAUAUUUAUACAUAAUUUUAACAGGACAAAUGUGUAUAAAAACUUUGAAUAUAUUUAAAUAUAGCAAUCUUUUUCAAUUUUCCAGUGAUGAAAGUACAUCAAAUGUGUUAAAUUCUAUGGUACAUGAACUAAUUUAUACAUCUCAUUGUGUCUUGCUUUUUUUUCAUAAUUUCUCAAGUCUUACAUAAUCUGAGAUGAAAGUAUGAUCUUUUACUGCAUUUAUCUUUGUGAAAAUAUUUUCACUCCGAAUUGAAACAAGUGCCUAAAAUUCCUUUUAAGAUGCGUUUACGUUGAUGACUUAUAACUUCUCAUGAAAAAUUUGUAGAUAGGAAUACGUAUAUACAAAUUUUUAUUAUGUUAUCUAAUUAUAAAUCGUUCGUAGCAUUCGAGACAUUUAAGAGCGUUGGAAAAAAAUGAACAUUUACAAUAACAAAAUCUAUAAUUUAUCCAGAAAUUUGUAUGACAUAUAAUUGAUCUUAUUAAGAUAACUAAGACUGGUACUUCGACAUAAUUAUAUUAUUUAAAUUUUAUUCUGUUUAUUAAGUGUAAAGAAUUAAUAGUUCAUUGCAACAAAUAUUCAUUAUUGUACAUCAUUGUGAUAGCCUCGUAUAAUUUACCCUUAUAGGCACGCAACACGUAUAAUUGGCAUUUAGUAAAAACUUCGUCUUUCAUACACUACAUUUAACGUUAUACUGAAUAGGUAUUUGUAGAUACAAACGAUGACAACCUUCCUCUUAAAGAACAUAAACUCAAUAGUAUUUGCUCAUUAUUUAAUAAAAUAUUUUUGUAAAAUCAAACUUUAAUAUUAUUUUUGCAAUCGCUGUUCUUUUUAUCUCAAACAAAUAGAGGUCAUAUCUUAAUCAACUCCAAGAAAAUAAAAUAAAAAUUUAAGAUUACAUAAAUUAUUUUAAAAAAAUUCUUAGGCAAAAAAGAAUCUAAUCUAUAAGUAGUAAAAGUAUUUAUGCUUCCAGAAUUUCGAAAAUAGUAAUAAGUAAUGUUAAUCUUUUGAAUAAAUUUUAUAAUAUUUAUUUUGAAUAAAAAAAGUAAUAUUUCCGUAAUUUCCAGAUAUUAUAUAAAGUAAUUAAUAAUUAGAUAUUUCGAAAGUAAUGUACUUUUAAUGAUAGCAAGCCAUACUAAAAUAUCCCUCCAAAAUUAGUGCAUAAAUGUAUGUAGUUUAUAAUAUAUUAUAAGUAGUACAUAAUUUAUAUAUUUUAUCUGUACAGUAUAUGCAAUUAUAUACUUCUACAUUGUUGAGAAUUGGUCUACAAUUAAAUUUUUUAUUAAUUUCUUAGAUACAAGAUGAAAACAAAGAUUAAGAAAGUUAGUUAGUUGAAGUUUGACAAAUUUAUAAGAUUACUAAAUUAUAUUUGAAUAUGAAGCAACUGUAUAUGACUUUAGAGUUUGACAUGUGUCUACACAAUCGUUUUUUGUAACAAUUGACAAAUUUAAUCAAUAACAAUAGAUAUUAAUUUUAUUGUAAUACAUUGUAAAAUAUCAGAAGAACUAAAUAAUUUAAAAAACAAUUAAUAUUUUGAUUUUUCAACAUGAUUGUAAUCCAGGGCAAUAGAAAACGUAUCUGAAUAUUAUAAGUUGACAAUUAUAAAAAAAAUUUAUAAUAGUAUCAUGACAUGACACAAGGGCACAAGAAUUAUUUAUAUAAAUAAUUAAACGGAACAAUUUUUACAUAUAUAAAACUUAUCCUAAAAAUAAAGACUUAUAUUUUUCAAUUCUUUCUAUAGUCAAAUCUGGUUAUAGUAAGAUUAAUAUAGAUGUAUGUUACUAAUAAUCAUGAACAAUUAUACACAAAAAUCCUUUUGGACCCACAUAGUAAAUAAUUUUUGUAAAAUUGAAAUCUCCAUCCUGGUUGUAUUAAGAUGAAACUGAUUAUAAUAUUCAAACCAUGUAAUAGUUUUGAAAAUUGUAUUGAAUACAUUUUUAUUGUACAUAACACAAUAAUCUUUUCUUGCAUAAUUUACUAUAGUUACAUACACUAUUUUAGAUUACAAAUGGUAUGAUACAUAUAUGUUGAACUAUACUAAUAAUUAAUUAUUUUAAUCAUACUUUUGUACUCUUCUUUAUUGUGUUCAUUUAGUUAGUUUUCAUUUCCCUUUGGCAAAAAUCUUUAAUAUGACUGUGUUUUAAAAUAUGUGGAAGAGUUAAAACUUCAUAAGUAAUUGUAUUCUGUAAAUUAUUUAUUAAAACCGAAAAUGAGCUAUGUCAUGUAUUAAACGUACUAUGUAUUUUAAAGUUGUACAUAAUACUUUCUACAGUAAAUAUUUCUUAGUACAUUGAAUUUAAGUUUAUAUUUUGUAAUUCGGAAUGUUAAUAAAAUGUUUAUUAUGAAGCGUA